AUGGCCAUGAUCCCAAUGUCCAAACCACUCGAAAUAUUGGGAAAGACUACUACCACGGAGCGUAUGCUCUAUUACAGUGGCAUCACUCGUCGAAUAGGAGAUGUCGAUGAUGGAUCUACUGUGACGGAUUUCCUCCCUGCCGAGCGUGAACGAGGAAUCACCAUCCAGUCCGCCGCUGUAACAUUCCACUGGCCACCCAUCCAUCAUAACGGCGGGCCAAACCCCAGGCCGGACAGGCCAAGGCAUCAGACUCCUCACACCAUCAAUCUCAUAGACACUCCCGGCCACGCAGACUUUACAUUCGAAGUUCUUCGAUCAUUGAGGAUCCUUGAUGGCGCGGUCUGCAUCCUUGAUGGGGUUGCCGGUGUUGAGGCUCAGACCGAGAAAGUAUGGACCCAGGCAAACAACUACAGCAUCCCACGAAUUGUGUUUAUCAACAAGUUAGACCGAGAUGGAGCAGCUUUCAACCGAACCGUGAAGGAAAUUGGAUCAAGAUUAAGAGGCUUUCCUGCAGUGUGUCAUAUUCCAUGGUGGGAAGGUGGUAAAGGGAGGUUCACAGGCGUAGGGGAUGCAAUCAACCUGUGCGCCUUGAAGUGGAGUGAAGGCGGAGAUGGGAAGACUAUCCAGAGCUACAAGCUCGAGCAACUAGCUCAAGAAGACCCAGGACUCCGUUCGGAGCUCAUCACGGCUCGUGCAGCUUUGGUAGAAGGCCUAUGCGAAUUCGACGAGCGAUUGCUUGAGACAUGGCUCGAGUGCGACGAUGAUACUCUAGCUGUCCCUCCUCAGGCUAUCCGGGACAGCUUGAGAAGAUGUAUCUUCGAUGGUUCUGGGCGCCUCAUUCCAGUCUUCGCAGGAGCAAGCUUUAGGAAUAUCGGAGUCCAACCACUACUUGACGCGGUGGACGACCUGCUUCCAAAUCCUACAGAACGGCCAGAUCCCGAGGUGAGCAUCGGAGAGAAGAGAGGUGGUCUAGCUGAUCUCCUAGACGGCAAACUAUCCCUCGCCUCCUCGAGCUGGGACAAACACCUGACCAAGAAGUCCAGUUCCGCGACCUCUAUGAUUGCACGAAUCGAAGCAUGUGCUUUAGCAUUCAAAGUUGUCAACGAUCCUCGGCGUGGUGUUCUAGUCUACAUCAGAGUCUACUCAGGAUCCGUCAAACGCAACUCAGCACUCUGGAACACCAACCUCAACGUCACAGAGAGUGCCCAGCGACUGCUGCAGAUGCAAGCCUCGGACGCUGUAGAGAUCCCGCACAUCUCUGCUGGCCAAAUCGGUGUCAUUGCAGGCUUAAAAUUCGCUCGUACUGGUGACACCCUAAUAUCUUACUCAGGCGUUAACCCCAGAAACGGUCCUCCAGCACCCUUAAAUAUGCUCCAGCUCCGCCCCAUCGACGUACCUCCCCCGGUUUUCUUCGCUGCUAUCGAACCUCACAGUCUCAGCGAAGAGAAAAACGUUGCCGAGAUCCUUUCGAGUCUCCUGCGUGAAGACCCCAGUCUGCACGUGAACACCGACGAAGAAUCCGGUCAGAUGCUCCUCAGUGGCAUGGGCGAACUGCAUCUAGAAAUCGCCCGAGAUAGGCUGGUAAACGACUUUAAAGCAAAGGCCACGAUGGGCAAUAUCGAAAUCAGCUACCGCGAAUCAGUGCUCUCUGCUACAGCACCGCAUCGAGUAGUCUUCGACAGGGACAUAGCACGCAAGAAAGGAAAAGCCGGAUGCGAAGCCACCAUCGAGCCUCUUGUGCACGCCAGCAUCAAAUCCGACUACACCGUAAGUCGAGAUGGCAACUCCAUCUCCGUCAACGUCCCCACGUCCUGGUUCGGGGAAGAGGAAGAAGGGAGCUCCUUACCUAAAGACCUGCCUUUAGCCACCGUCCGAGAGGCGCUUGUCAAUGGUGCGGCAGCAGCACUUGCGCGCGGUCCACGCCGUAGUUUUCCUCUCCACGAUGUGCACGUAGUCCUCAAAUUCGAACCCUCUUCCGACCUCUUCGGCUCAGACACAUCUCCCGCAGCGCUCUCCUCGGCCGCUAGACUGGCAGUACAAGCAGCGCUCAAGUCAGCAUUUGACAAAAACGACAUUGCGCUCAUGGAACCUGUCAUGAGCGUCGUGAUAUCCUGCGACGAAGGGUCCCUCGGAGCCAUCGUGCACGAUUUAAACUCCGCUCGGGGCGGUCACGUAUUAUCCCUCGACACAGAGGAUAGCGAGGACCCAACUUCCGCACUGUCAGCUAUCGAUCCCAAGAGAAUCUAUGCACCACCAGAUCCGUUUGCGUCAACUGGCGGCUCAGACUCUGCGGGACCGGGCCAGGCGAGACAGGUGCAUGCUAGGGUGCCCUUGAAGGAGAUGGUGGGGUAUUUGAAGCAUCUGCGGAGCUUGACGGGUGGACGCGGAACAUUUAUCAUGUCCAUCGACAAAUUCGAGAGGUUGUCGGGCCCGAGAGAAAAGGCGAUUUAA